AUGAAAGUACCGAGAAUUAUCGUCCAAGUGCUUUUGAUAACUUUGGGUGGAGCAGGAGUUGUCGCUUUGGAACUUAAAGAAAUAGUUGAGGAAUUAACCAAAAUUGACGACUUCCAGACUAUUGUAUGUUUCAGCAAUGACAUCAAAGGAGCCGAAUUGGCAGAAGAAUUACUUGGGAGAGGAUCCCCCGUGGAGACCAUCCCCAAGCUUCGGUGGAAUCAAGGUGUCAAGACAAAAGCCAUGCUCAACACCAAUGUCUUGAAUAUUGCCUUUGUCUCGCAUUCCAAUAGAGAAAACAUCCUUCAAGUGGUUAAGACUGCAUUGGAGGACAACUUGCUGGCGAAAAUAAUUUUCUACUUUCUCUCGGAGGUGUCCCAUAAUAUUAACCUAAAAAAUUUUAGUGAAUCUUUGUGGGAAGAACGAAUCCUUAAUAGUUUGAUGGUCGUAAAUGACAGUGUGUUUACAUAUAAUCCAUAUCCUGAAGUGAAUCUCGUCGAGGUCACUUCAUCAGAGUCGCUUAAAUCAAUUUUUCCAGCAAAAUUAGUUGAUCUCCAUGGAACCGCAGUAAAAGUCGUACGUUCGAUCGAUAUAUCACGUCAAGUAGAAUAUGUUGAUCGGAAUGGAAACAUUCAAUUUGGGGGAUACUUUAUGAAAACCAUUCUCGCAUUCAUCCAAAAACACAAUGGGACGUUUGUCGAGCAAACAGCGAAAAAGGAUAUGAGUGAUGUCGGAGAGAUGUUAAUAAAUAGGAAGAUCGAUUUUGUUUCAUUGGCGAUGACGACGGAUAUGAAAAGGGUGCAGCUGUCAUACCCCUUAUCUAGCAUUGCACCAUGUGUCCUGAUUCCAUAUCAAAAGGAACUUCCCAGAGUAUAUUAUUUGAUGCUACCCUUCCAGCUGUCUGGCUGGAUGUUAUUUGGUGCUGGAGCUUUACUACUUUUUUCCGUAAUCGCGGUUACCGAACUUCUCCACAGAAAAAGCCUUGCUUCUAUUUGUCAGGAAACAGCCUUCCUGGUCUGGCGGAUAAUUACCCAACAAAUACACUUCCCAGCAGAAGUAAGGACGAAUCAGUGGAUGAUGCUCAUCAUAUUUUUGGCCACUCUUCACUUUAUGUUACUUUUGAGCCUUUACCAAAGUGGAUUGAGCAGUUUUUACACUAAAUCUAUUCCAGCUAGGCAAAUUGACACCCCCGAGGAUCUAGUAAGGACUUCAUAUAAGCUUUUGUCACCACGUCUUCAUCUGGACUUUAUGCGACAACAUGAACUAUUUCCUAAAACCGUUCUGGACCGUUUCUUGGUGGAUGAUUCUUUAGUGAAAGCAAAUCUAAAACAAAUGGAUCCUAGAUUCGGGUACCUGCCACCAUCUGAAUUUAAGGAUAUUCUAAGGGAACUGGAACAACGUCCUUCAACCAAACUUUUCCAUUUGACGAAAAUAUGUACACCAAGAUCAUUGCUUAGUGUCGUAAAUCAAAAUGAAUCCCCAUUCAAGGAUAUAUUUGACGAUGUCAUUUUUCGUCUUGUUGACGCUGGAUUGAUGCAGAAGUGGGAACGGGACACUGUGUACGAACUGAAGCAAGUAGGCUUCGUGAGAAUGGAAUUAGUAAGCGAAAGCCUCCUGAGACCCUUGGAAUUUGAAGAACUGUAUUUUGUGUGGGUGAUCUACUUAGUUGGUGUUGUAUUGAGUGCCAUUGUUUUCUGUAUGGAAAAAGUAAGGAAGAGCCGAAUUUGGAACUAA